AUGGAGAACAAAGUUAACAGUUAUAAUAUACCUGAUGAGCCUUUAAGUCUUAAGAAUUGGUACAGAAAAAUUAAUUGGAUCAAUAGUAUACUAUUAAUUGUCCCUCCAAUACUGGGUAUUUAUGGGUUUUUUACAACACCAUUAAAAUUGAAUACAUUUAUAUGGUCAUUGAUUUAUUAUUUUAUGACAGGAUUUGGAAUUACAGCCGGAUAUCAUCGAUUAUGGUCUCAUCGAUCAUAUAAUGCUACACUUUUUCUCCGUAUUCUAAUGGCAUUGUUGGGAGGAGGAGCAGUAGAAGGGUCUAUUUUAUGGUGGGGACGUAAUCAUCGUGCACAUCAUAGGUAUACAGAUACAGAUAAAGAUCCUUAUUCGGUUAGCAAAGGGCUUUUUUAUUCACAUUUUGGGUGGAUGAUUGUACGACAGAAUCCUAAAAAAGUAGGAUAUUCGGAUAUAUCAGAUUUGAAAGCGGAUUCGGUAGUGAUGUGGCAGCAUAAGAAUUAUCUUAAGAUUAUGAUUAUUAUGGGAUUUUUGUUUCCAAUGUUUGUUGCAGGUCUUGGAUGGAAAGAUUGGCGUGGGGGAUUUUUCUUUUCAGGAAUCUGUCGACUUGUUUUUGUUCAACAUGCCACGUUUUGUGUUAAUUCGUUAGCACAUUGGAUUGGUAGUCAACCUUUUGAUGAUAGACAUUCUCCUCGAGAUCACGUAUUUACAGCUUUGGCUACAUUAGGAGAAGGAUAUCAUAAUUUUCAUCACCAAUUUCCUAUGGACUAUAGAAAUGCUAUCUUAUGGUAUCAAUAUGAUCCAACUAAAUGGUUAAUUAUUCUGUUCAAAAAAAUAGGAUUAGCAUAUAAUCUUAAAGAAUUUCCAUCUAAUGAAGUCCAAAAAGGCAUAUUACAGCAAAAACAAAAAAAACUUGAUCGAUGGAAGGCUAAACUUGAUUGGGGUACUCCCCUCGAUCAGCUUCCCAUCAUAGAAUUUGAAGAAUUUCAAAAACAAGCAAAGACACGGCCAUUAAUAUUAAUUGCUGGUAUUGUCCAUGAUGUUGAGAAAUUCAUUGAUUCUCAUCCUGGUGGACGUGCAUUAAUUACAUCUGCUAUAGGAAAGGAUGCAACUGCUAUAUUUAACGGAGGCGUUUAUAAUCAUAGCAAUGGUGCACAUAAUCUUUUAUCAACUAUGCGUGUAGCCAUUGUACGUGGUGGCAUGGAGGUCGAAAUAUGGAAACAAAAAUAUAAAAAUUUAGAUCAUAUUAUUACAAAUAAUACGCAAAUAACUCGAAUUUCUAAUUUAACACAACGUAUAUCUUUCACUGUCGAUUAA